AUGGCGCUCGAUCUAGACGAGGGGUAUGUAUCCCGGGGUCUCGCCCAAGGGGAUGUCGAGACUACCUUACCCAUAUUCAAUGUCGAACGAGUCCAGCUCCAGUUCAACAUCGCUUCCGACUUUGUGGCCGGUCAGGUUGCGAAUAAUGUUCUAAUCCUGGCCCUUGCCACGGGUCGCAUCUUACGCAUAGACUUGGAGUCUCCUUCGGACAUUGAUGAUGUCGACCUCCCCAAGAAGACCAGCGAGGUCGGUCUCAUACGGCGCAUGUUCCUCGAUCCCUCGGCAUCCCACUUGAUCAUCAGCACUACGCUGGGAGAGAAUUUCUACCUACACAGCCAAUCCAAACAGCCCAAAGCACUGUCGAGGUUAAAAGGAAUCAUAAUCGAGUCCAUUGCGUGGAAUCCGUCUCAGCCCACAGCUUCGACGCGAGAGAUCCUGGUCGGAGCCAUCGACGGCAAUGUGUAUGAGAUUUACAUCGAGCCAUCAUCCGAGUUCUACCGACGAGAAGAACGAUAUUCCGCACAUGUGUGGAAGACUCCAGAUGGCGCCGUCACAGGUCUUUGGGCGGAGACGAUGGAAGGUAAACCCGACACACGGAGGGUGAUGGUGGCGUCGCAUUCUCGCCUGUGUCACUGGAUAGGCAAAAUUGGUGGGAGAGGGAAGGAGGGUUCUGCAUCAAUCUACGCAGAUUUGUUUUCUAGGGAGGCGCCGGUUGUACAUCAGACAACUGGUGCAUCCUCGACCGCACCGUCGUCUUUAUCUGUGUCGCCUGAGCCGCAGGAUCCUGGAGGCGACCCCGACCGAAGCUUUGCCUGGCUAUACUCGCAGGGCGUUCUUACCGGCAAGCUUUUGACCUCACCAGCAACAUCGGCCCUCGGUUCCAAAAUACUGAGUGAGGCGAAACUUCACCCGCGCUCCAUUUUCCCCGAAACCAUGUCUGCUCGUGGAGGGCGGAAGCUGAUCCAGGAUCCCAUUGUUUCGGCGAUUCUGUCGCAGUGGCAUGUUUUGGCGUUGGCGGAAGGCCGCGUGGUUGCAGUCAAUCGUCUUGAUGGAAGCGUCGUCUACGAUCAGACAGUGCUCGAGGCUGGCCAAAGUGCACUUGGACUGGUGGCAGACAUCAAAAAGAACACCUAUUGGCUCUUCACCAAUCAAGAGAUUUUCGAGGUCGUGGCUAACGACGAAGAACGGGAUAUCUGGAAGAUCAUGCUGAAGAAUCAGGAUUAUGACGCUGCUCUUCGCUACGCCAAAGGCGCCGCACAGAAGGACUCGGUCGCAACGGCUUCGGGUGACUAUCUGGCAAGCAAGGGACAAUAUCUGGAAGCGGCGAACGUGUGGGGGAAAAGCAGCAAAGCUUUUGAGGAGGUUUGCCUGUCCUUGAUCGACAACGGUCAAGACGAUGCUUUGCGCAAAUAUUUGAUGGCCAAGCUGGCAUCAUAUAAAAAGUCAUCGAUCAUGCAACGAGUCAUGAUAGCAACGUGGCUGAUCCAGAUAUUCAUGGCCAAGCUCAACUCUCUCGACGAUAUGGUGGCGACAAAGGCCGAGCUGUCGGAAGAUACAGAUGCGGGCGGGGCGAAGCGAGAUCUGGAACAGACGCGAGCUGAAUACCAAGAUUUUGUCACCAAGCACAAAUCCGACCUCGAUGCACAGACGGUAUACGAGGUCAUUGCGAGUCACGACAGAGAAGAGGAACUUCUCUUCUUCGCUAACAGCAUUACCGACUACGAUUAUGUCUUGUCGUACUGGGUGCAACGAGAGAAGUGGAACGAAGCGUUGUCGGUACUCAACAAGCAAACCAACCCUGAGACGUUCUACAGAUAUAGCAACGUACUCAUGACCCAUGUUGCCACUGGACUGGUGGAUAUUCUCAUGCGGCGGAGCAACAUCGACCCUCAAAGGAUGAUCCCAGCCCUCCUCAGUUACAACGAGAACGCCAACGUCCCUUUGACCCAAAAUCAAGCAGUUCGCUAUCUGAACUUUGUAGUAUCCAACAACUUCGACGUGCCUGCUUCUGUGCACAACGCGCUCAUCUCUAUCAUGGCCUCACAUGGCUCGCCCUCCGAAACUGCGCUCCUGACAUACCUUGAAAGCCAACCCACUCCUCCGUUGUACGAUGCGGAUUUUGCCCUGAGGCUCUGCAUUCAAAAUAACCGAGUUCAGUCCUGUGUGCACAUCUACAGCGCGAUGGGCCAAUACCAACAGGCAGUCGAGUUGGCUCUUGAACACGACGACAUUGACCUUGCGGCCAUUGUUGCAGAUCGGAUCGAGGACAACGACAAAGUGAGGAAGAGAUUAUGGUUGUUGAUUGCCGAGAAGAAAAUCAAGGAGGCAGCAUCGAUCAAAGAAGCCAUCAAUUUCCUCAAGAGGUGCGAGUUGCUUAAGAUUGAAGAUCUGAUUCCGUUCUUCCCGGAUUUCGUCGUGAUUGACGACUUCAAAGAGGAGAUCUGUGAAGCCCUAGAGGAAUAUUCUCGACACAUCGACAGCCUCAAACAGGAGAUGGAUUUGUCGCAGCAUACGGCCGAGCAGAUCAAGGCCGAAAUUGCCGCUUUGGACCAUCGAUACGCCAUUGUGGAAGCGGGUGAGCGGUGCUGGAUCUGCACGCUGCCCGUUCUGAGCAGACAAUUCUUCGUCUUUCCAUGUCAGCACGCGUUUCACAGUGACUGUCUGGGCAAGCGAGUGCUGGAGACCUCGGGAAUCAGUAAACGAAAGAGGAUCAAAGAUCUCCAAGCCGAGGUGAACCAGGGGUUGAGCAUGGGUGUUCAACGCCAGAAGCUUGUCCAAGAGCUGGACGGGUUGGUCGCUGAUCAGUGCGUGCUCUGUGGAGAAUCAGGCAUCAAGCAGAUCGACGAGCCUUUCAUCCAUAAGGAUGACGAUGUCGAUGCAUGGGCGAUAUGA